AUGAGAAGUCCGCCUAUCCGUAGACGAGAAAAAAGCCCGCCUGUCCGAAGAAGAAAUUCGCCGGAACCAGAUGACGAACAGCCAGUCGAAAUGACUUCCGUGAUCCCGGGAAGUCCAGACAAUGAUCCCUCGAAAUGGCCUCCUACUGCCAUCUUCGACUACACCGCGAAGAAUUUUGUAGGAAGAGAACUAUCUACUACUGCCCAAAUGUCACUUAAAGAAGGAGAGAAAACCAAGAUAUGUUGUUCAUGCGGACCAGAUGAAGAAUGUUCGAAAAAUGAAAAUUGUGAGUGCAACAGAGUUGUGGCCGAACUGCAAAAAAUUUACUAUAGAAAAGCAAGGGGAAACUUUGUGGCCGAAAGAUGUCAAGCUUUAACCGAUCAAGGGAUCAAGUUAGUUGCUAACAUGCAUGACAAACAGAUGUUCUUCAACUGCGGGUCAGAGUGUACAUGUGGCCCAUCGUGCGAGAUGAAAGUUCUUAUGAAGUCCGAUAAAGGACAAGCAGACAAAUUUUUCAUUCAAAGAAGAAAUGAAAACACAGGUUUUUCAGUGUUCGCGAAAGAAUGCAUUGAGAAAGGAACGGUGCUUGGAUGCCUCAAUGGAGAAAUUUGUGGAGAAAGUCUUCUCAACAGUGACGCCACCGUCGCAGCAUAUUCAAUGUCGAUCACUCACAAAAAGGAUAUGCUACGAAAGUUCUAUAACGAAACAAAAAUGUUGGGCCGUCAACAAAAACAAUAUUUAAAGACUAUAUUUUCGGAUGAAAAGGAAAUAAUUUCCAUCAACACCCUUCAGUACGGAAACUUUACUCGAUUUGCAAAUCAUAGUUGCAAACCAAAUUCACUAGUUUUAAGAGCAUUUGAAGGAGGGUUGUCUAUCUCGGACAUCAGACUGUUUUUUGUUACAAGUAGGAAAAUCAAGGCUGGAGAAGAGAUUACAAUUCAUUAUGGAGACGAAUACAAGGCACAAUAUUUGCCAACCUGCUUUUGUGAAUAUUGUCUCUCACAAAGACAACAAAAUGCUGCUUCUACAUCCAAUCAACCAGUGCCUCAAGUUCAGCAGGAAAUGUUACCAAUUGAAGAUGAAGAACAAGAAAGAGCUGUUGAUUUCCAAGAACCUACUGAAGAACUCGCAGCUGUUCGCAUCAAUUUGCAAGAUCAAAAUACAGAAAACGAGGCUGACAUCCAAAACGAAGCUUCUAGUGGAAUCCAACUGGACACAAACGAGCGUCACAUGAACCUUGCGCCAAUGCGCCUAUCUAUUCGUGUUCGCAAUCGCAGGGAAACUAUGAAUUUGCCACCAUCGAUUGAAAAUAAUGAAAAUCAGCUGGUCGAAUUAUCUAGAAGAAGAAAAAGAUCAGCAGAUACUAUGGAUCAAGACGUCGAAACCCCAUCCAAAAUGCAAAAAAUCAAGUCUGCUGUGUACGAUACUUGUUCGGGAUUGAUAACCUGUGUACAGUUGCCAUUCACAAGCAUUGCGAACUUAUAUGCAAAAUUUUGGUCAAACCAGAUUCCUGCAGUUUCUACCGACUAA